UUUAGAAUGUUUGAAUUUCUUAACUUUCGUAUUUGUCCUCACCGAUGUUUGAUAAUAUCUCUAUCAUGGUUCACUACUAUUUUUGAUAAUGUAUCUAUCAUCAUUCAUCAUUUAUGUUCACUAUAUAUGAACUAUUUAAUGUCAACAUUACAUGAGACUAUGAGAGAUAAAUAUAUAUAUAAAAGACACAAAUUGAAAUAUUGGCAGGAGUAAUCGUCGGAGGUGUGAUAAAACAAAUGGAUUCGUGUCUCUUACUCUGUUACAGGAAGUCGAUUAAUCAUCGAUUAAUCAAACAUUUGAAAUGGUUGACACCAGGAAGUCGUCGACCAACAAUGGACGCCAGUUACGUUCUGGCCGAACAUCUGGUGAAGUCAAAGCUGAACUCAAAUAUUAUCGAAAGAAGACAGCUGGAAGGAAAAAUGAUGACGAAGAAGGUGUUGUUCCCCAUAUGUGCAAAUCAGCAUUAUUAUGCUGUUUGUUUUUGCUUCAAGAGAAAUGCUAUUGUUGUAAUAGACAAUUCUGCAAACGGGGAUGACAAUGACCUCACAAUAAAUUAUGGUCACAUUCCAGAAACAUUGAGAUCAUACUUUUGUCACUUCCUCACCAAGAAUGGUCUCCACGCAUAUUGUAAGAUAGUGUCCAACUCCAAAAUGCAGAGAUUGAAAAUGCCAUGGAGGACAGUUGAUAACGUUGAAGAUUGUGGAGUAUUUCUAAUGCGGCAUAUGGAAACGUACAAGGGUGAGCGAGAAGGUUGCUGGAAUUGUGGAUUGAAGAAAUCAAGUUCGGGUGUCCUUCAAAGCUUGAGGGCUAAAUAUUGUUCGACGCUGAUGUUAGCCGAAAACAGCCAUGAAAGCUUCAACAACAAAAUUGUUACAGCAGCGUAUUACGAAGAGGAAAGCAAACACAUUGAAAUUGAUGUUGAGAAAAUGAUUGCGGCAUAUUUAAAGAAGAAAUGAUCAUUUUAGCAGAUCAAAUUUUGUAUUCGACAUACAUCUGUUAUGAGCAUUGAAUAAAGUACCACGCGUUUUAAUGUUGUUCA